GUACUUGAUGAUAGAGUGAAAGUUCUCGACUUUUGCGCUCCGUUUCGUAUGCAGUUGAACUGUCAACGAGAAACAGUGAAUCAUGUCGAAGAGAAAGCGCGGAGGCGAGGAAAGUGACAGCGAUGUCCCUGCCGAGGAGAAGGCAUUCCGAAUGGAAGUUCAACGCCUGAAGGCCCAACUCACCCACGGCAUCAAAAGCCUCCAUGCCGCCUUGAAACUUGCUCGUGGCUUCGAAAGACAAAAAUUGGGGCGGCGCCAGAAAGCCGCCAAUGAUGAGCCUCACACAUUAUUGCGAUUGCGAGAAGAGGUGAUUGUUCUAAAGCAAAUGAGCGUUGGUCGGACAGCCAGGACUUCCCUCGUCAAACAUUUGAUCAAAGCAAAACGAAUCAGAGAACAUCCGGCUUUCAUCCAAGUCUACGGCCCAGAUCCCAAACUUGAGGCACCCAAAUCUGUUGCUGAAGGGAAUGUCAUAGGAAGGCUGUUCAAUUCUGCUCCGGUCAAGCAAGUGAUGCCAGGAGUCAUGAAAAACAUCUACCAAGUACUGCGCAUACCACAAGCCGAUUCCGGUAAACCGGUCAAAAAGGAGGCCUCCAAUCUUGAACACUCGCGAAAAAGUGGAAGCUUGGGAGACGAAGAUGUGUUCGAUGGAUUCUCUGCCGAAGGCUCAAUAGGUGGAAACUCAAUAUCAAACUCCGAGAUGGACGAUCUACUUGAUGACUACGCAGAGGACCGAUUGGCCUUUUCGGACGACGAAACGGAUGAUGAUUCUACUUCGGACCGGGCAAAUGGCGCAGGGCAGCUGAAAGACUCCCUACGCGCUGCUGCACGAAAUCCAUCCAUAUCACCAAGCCCGAGCCCCAGUCCUACUCUUGACGCAGACGAACUGCGCACAAAAAGCCUCAAGCCUGUGAAACCUGUGACCUCAACGGCAUUCUUACCGUCUUUGAGUCUUGGGGGUUACUAUUCUGGUUCCGACUCUGACGAACCCGAGGUCCACCACCACCACAGUGGCCCGCCACUACCGAAGCCGCGUAAGAAUCGUCGAGGGCAAAGGGCACGACAGAGGUUGGCAGAAAUGAAGCAUGGAAAGCAUGCCAAUCACAUUGCUAACCAGAAAGAGCAACUAAGGCGAAAUGAUGGUUGGGACGCUAAACGUGGCGCUGUAGCGGCAUCCGAUGAUCCGAGGAGUCGCUUCCGUCCACGGGAUGUUAAGGGUACUCAGAAAAGUGCUGACGCCGCGGUCCCAAGUGUCGGGAAACCACCGAAGUCGAAGCCGACCCGCAGAGACGACCAAGGGUCUUUGCACCCCUCAUGGGAAGCUGCGAAAAAGCGCAAGAUGCAGGAUCAGCCCCAAGUCACUUUUACAGGGAAGAAGAUUACUUUCGAGUAGGUGGACAUCCUCCAAGACAUCAUACAAACACUCUGGCGUACUGUCGGUCUCUUUCUCCUAGUCCCUACAUGAGUGAAAGGUAGAAAGAUGGUCACACUGUCUUGCAGCGAUGCUAUCAACCCGACGCCUUGUUCGACGCUCCAAACUCCGUGCUGGCCACAAAUUCCUACAAAGUUCGAUCAAGUCCUGGCAUCGUUCCCUAAAGCGACUGAAUAAGUGUUACUCAAUCAUUUCUUGUUCGGUUUUUCCUCGAUCCUCUCCACUUGAUGAGAGGCAGUCUCAUCCGAAAGCU